AACAAAACAAGCAAAAUUUUUAAUUUAUCAUAUAGAAACAAGAAUUAGCAAAUUUCUAAAUAAUUAAAAAUGUAAUAAGAAUUUGGCAAGAAGAAAGUAAGAAUUUAAUUAGAAAACCAAGUUCAUAAUUAAAUGAUACUAGAAGAAGAAGAUGUCUUGAAUCCGCCAUAUUAAGCAUACUCGAAAAUCCCUUAAAUUAAGCAUUUAAAAGAAUUAAAUCUAUAUUAAUUUCGCCCUAAUGCUGAUAUAGAUGGAGAUUAUGAUGUACCUUAAGAUAAAAAUAUUUAAAAUUCAAAUAAUGUUUAUGAGCAUUUAGAAAAAUGGAAAAAAGAUUUAAUCCUAAAGACAGCUUAAAAUGCAGAAGAAUUAAAUAGGAUGAGAAAAGAUCAUGAGAAUUCUUUAAAAUUUGAUCAAAAAUUCCCUCAAGUUAAUAUUGAAAUAAUUGAUUCUAUAACUAGAGAUCCAAAUAUGAGCUUAUAAGAAAAUAGUAUCAGUUAAACUUGCAAGUCAAUGUAAAACUUGUCUCCAAGAGCUAACAAUUCCAAGUCUAAAAGUAACAAAAAUUUAAGUGUAACAAGCUUUAGCAUGAAUUAAUUGGGCAAUAACUUUGAAGGAAAUAUAAGUUUAUAAACAGAAAAUAAUAAAAUAUAUAAUGAAAAGAAUAGUUAAUCAUGUUUCAAUGCCUAGGGCAAAUCUGUUAAGUUCAUUUAAAGUAAUGAGAGUAUUUAAAGAGAGCUCAAUAAGAAAUUAGUGAAUAACUUAAUUUUUAGUAGAGUGUAGCGCACAUUAGAAGAUAAUAAGAUUAAUACUAAAUCAAGCAGAGCUGAUAAGAAUGAAUACUAAACAAACAUAAAUAGAUAAAGAGCAGAAGAUAUAUUUAAAACUGAAAUGAGUCAUUUUUCUAAUUAAACAUUAGCAAAUUUUAAGAGUUUAAUGCAAACAUUUAGAAGAUCGAAUAACUUAAUUGAAUAUGAAGACUUAUCAAGACAACUUGCUACAUAUUUAAACAGACCUCUAGGGAUUUUUUAAAAUUAAGACUAAAAAAAUGAGCUCUUGGUAUCCUUUAAAAAUGAAAAAGAGCAAAAGUAUUAAUUUAAAUAUAUGGAGAAAAUUUUACUAGAUAACUACAUGCAAUUAAGGUAGGAAAUUACAACUAGAGUUAAUUAAAUUAAAGAUAUGCGUCAGUACAGUAAUUAAUUAUAAAACUAAGUGACUGAUAUUAAUGAAAAAACUAGACUGUACAGUCUUUAGGUUUAGAAAGAUAUUGAAAAUCAAGAAAAAUCUGCUGAUCAAUCUAAAAAGUAAUCUGCAGCUUAAAUCACAAAAAUGAAAAAAUCGAUUUAAAAAAUUUAGGAAGACUAAGAAGUUGUCCUUCAAGAUUACAAACAAUAGAAGAAUUAGUUACUCAGUUAGCUGAAUUAGAAUUAACAAUAAUUGAUUAUAAAUGAAAAAGAAAUUAAGACCUAUAAAGAAAAAAAAGAUAUAACUAGAAAUAUGCUUAAAACUUUGUACUUAGAAACACUUAAAAAUGAUAAAAGUUUACAAAAGCAAAGCAUGGUAUGGAUUGUUAGGGCUUUGCUAAAUAUAAAUGAAGACGUGUCAUCAUCCGAUAUAUUUCCAUAAAUUCUUGAUAAAUAAUCUAUUUAAUAUCUUGUUGAAUAUGCAGCUCUUGAAUCUAACAUGGAUUAGGUUUUAGCCUAAAUAAAGAUAAAAAGUGAAGAUUAGAUUUCAUAAAUAUAAAAUGAAUAAUUUGAUCAAGAAUAUUUGAAUACUCAAUAGUAAUAUAGUCUGGCUGAUAUGAAAGAAAGAGUGCAAAAGAUAGCUAGAAAAACAAAUCUAAAAAUAAGAAAACCUAUUUUUACUUCAAGCUGUAAGAAUGAGUACGUUCUUGCUUGGGAGAAUGCUCAAGAUGUGUAAGCUCCUUAAGAAAUAGCAUUUUCUUUAGCAAAGGUUCCUCCUAGUAAGACAGAAUUAGUUAACUAAAAUAAAGAUGCAAGAGAGUAAAUGAAAUAGAUUAAAUUGCAAUAAAAAAAAAUGAAAGAAGGAGAAGCAAAUAGACUUAUUGACUAAUACCUUCAAUAUAAAGAAGAGAAAAAGAGAGAAGAAUUAAAAUAAAUAUUUAAUAUUUUAUUUGGGGAGCUUGAAGGACAUGAUUACUACAAAUUAUUUUAAAAGAAGUACAUUCAUCUUUAAUUUUAGAUAAAGAAUAAUAAGACCUUCACUUUCACAAGAACGAAUCUGACCCCAAAUUAUGAAAAGGAAGAGCAGGUUUUGUAGAAAAUUACCCCUAGAAAAGGUGCUGUAGGAAGCUAAACAAUUUUGUAGUACAGAAAAGGGUAAAACGAAGAAGAAAAUGCUUAAUUAGAUCAGUUUGAUUUGGUGAAAUAGGUUGGAAAAAUAAUACCUAAAAAUAAAUUAAAUAACCAAAAUAUAAAAACAGAUAAAAUUUAAGUUCCUUAAGAAGUUCUUUAAAAGCAUAAUUUGUUAAAAAAUAAAGUUUUAAAUAGUGAAUAGACAGAUAAAAUGUUUUCAUCUACUUUUUACUAACUUUCAUCCACUCCAAAUUUUGACAAUAUAGAAAAAAGUUAAUCUAAGCAAAGUUUCAAUAGAAAAAAUUAAUUAUUUGCAAGCCUGAAUAAUAUUCCACCUUCUUUAACAAAUUUAUCUGUUGACACUCAAAUAAAUAAAGAAAUUAAUAGCCAAAGAUCCUAAAAUAGUAAUUUAUACUUCUUAACCUAAAAGUAAUAAACAUAAUCAGAAUUUGAGAGUCCACUUAAACACUCAAAUUAAAAUUUUCUAGCUUCUUCAACGACGAAAUUAAAUUCUCUUAAAAAAAGCUACUUUUGA